AGUUGAUAGAAUAGUUGAAGUAUAAAUUUGAGCCAACAAGUUCUAAAUCAUCAUCAUCAUCAUCAUAAAUACAUUUACAAAUAUCAUUGAAUAUAUAGCACAAUUAUUCAAUAUAUAAAUAAAUAAACUCAAAUAUGAACGAUGACAUGCCUCCAACAGUGGUGGUGCCUAGAUGGACACCAAGUGCAAGCCCAACAAGAUCUCUUCUGACUAGUACAGUGAAUUUGGAGAUGGAUAUCAUGAAAACUAAUAAUAAAGGUAUUGGUAUUGGUAUGAGCAAUACUACUUCUCAUCAUCAUGAGCCUGUCGUGGAAUUCCCAUUCAGCACUGGAUUUGUUGGUGAAAAGCCUCAUGGACUGGAAAAAGAAAUAAAAAUAUUAGAUGAUGACAAUAUUAGUUUGACAUGGGAGGAGUUGGGUGUUAGAGUUUCAGAUGGCAAAAAUGGACCAAAAAGCAUUCUUCAACAUAUCACUGGCUCUGCCCAGCCAGGUGAGGUUUUGGCCAUUAUGGGUCCUUCUGGCUCUGGAAAAUCCACUCUCUUGGACGCUUUAGCAGGGCGACUAAGUUCACAAACCAAACAGACAGGUGAUAUACUUAUCAAUGGCCGGAAAGAAAUACUUGCUUAUGGUACUUCGGCAUACGUAACACAAGACGAUACUCUAAUGACAACAUUGACAGUAAGAGAAGCUGUUUAUUACUCUGCACAACUCCAACUUCCUGAUUCAAUGUCCAGAUCAGAGAAGAGAGAAAGAGCAGAGACAACAAUAAGAGAAAUGGGUUUGCAAGGUUCAAUGGACACAAGAAUUGGAGGUUGGAAUGUAAAAGGCCUCAGUGGUGGACAAAUGAGAAGAGUAAGCAUAUGUAUAGCAAUCUUGACUCGACCAAAGCUUCUCUUCCUCGAUGAGCCUACUAGUGGUCUUGAUAGUGCAGCCUCUUACCAUGUUAUGAAUCGCAUUGUUAAGCUUGCACAACGAGAUGGGAGGACUGUUAUUGCAUCAAUUCAUCAACCAAGUAGUGAAGUUUUUGAGCUUUUCAAUAAUCUUUGCCUUCUCUCUUCUGGUAGAACUGUUUACUUUGGUCCAAUUUCAUUGGCAGAAGAGUUUUUCGCUUCAAAUGGCUUCCCCUGCCCAUCAUUAAGAAACCCAUGUGAUCACUACCUCAGAACUAUCAACAUGGACUUUGAUGUUGACUUAGAGCAAGGUUAUGGUAACAAUACAAGAACUAAAGAAGUCAUUGACACUCUUGUGGAAUCCUACAAGUCUUCCGAAAAUUUUAAACAAGUUAAGCACCAAGUUUUCGAGAUACGCCAAAAGAAAGGAACGACCUUGGAGAAGAAGGGAAGUCAAGCAAGUUUCAUUACCCAGUGCCUUGUUCUCACUAGGAGAUCCUUUGUGAACAUGUACCGCGAUCUUGGUUACUAUUGGCUUCGUCUGGCAAUCUAUACUGCUUUGUGUUUAUGUGUAGGGACCAUCUUUUAUGACAUUGGCUUUAGUUAUGGCUCAAUACAGGCUAGAGGAGCAAUGCUGAUGUUUGUAGCAGCAUUUUUGACUUUCAUGGCCAUUGGUGGAUUCCCAUCUUUUGUAGAGGACAUGAAGAUAUUUGGGAGAGAAAGACUAAAUGGGCACUACGGAGUGGCAUCAUUUGUAGUGGGGAACACAUUUUCAUCAAUACCAUACCUACUUCUCAUAUCUGUAAUCCCGGGAAGCAUAGCCUAUUACCUUGUUGGACUUCAAAAGAGCAUUGGGCAUUUUGCCUACUUUUCAAUCAUGCUUUUUGUAUGUAUGAUGUUGGUUGAGAGCCUUAUGAUGAUUGUGGCAAGCAUAGUGCCAGAUUUUCUAAUGGGGAUCAUCACAGGUGCUGGAAUUCAAGGUGUUAUGAUGUUAAACGGUGGCUUUUUUCGCUUACCAAAUGACCUUCCUAAGCCCUUUUGGAGAUAUCCAAUGUAUUAUAUAGCAUUCCACAAGUAUGCAAAUCAAGGAUUCUACAAGAAUGAGUUUCAAGGAUUGACUUUCCCAAGUAACCAAGUGGGAGGAGGAUCGCCCACCAUUAGUGGUGAGGAAAUUCUAACAAGUGUUUGGCAAGUGGAGCUAGGCUAUUCAAAAUGGAUUGAUGUUGGGAUCUUAUUUGGGAUGGUGGUGAUUUAUAGACUUAUAUUUUUAGCAAUAAUCAAGACAAAAGAAAAUAUUAAGCCACGGAUUGGAGGUUUGAAGAUUGAUAGUCCAAUGAAAUCGAACAAAAUCAUAGAAAAGCUUAACCCCAGCUGAAUAUAUACACCUUAAACUAAAAGGAAAAUUUGAGUGUCUAUAUAUGCAUCAUGUGGGUGCUUAAUUAAACAUUUGUUAGGGUUAAACUAAAAGUAUGUAAAGAGAAUAUUAUUAUUAUUAUUUUGGAAUUGAAAAAAAAAUAUGAAAUUCUUCAUUUUUUCC